AUGGACGGCAUGAAUAAAAUGGCUUUUUGUGUCGUCAUUUUCAUCGCCAUAUUAUAUAUACAACUGAGUGCCUCAGUUCAACGUCCUGCUGCAAGUGGUCGUCUCGAUCAUUUGAUCAUCAAACGUUCGGCUGACGUUCGUACUUGUCUUACCAAUGCAUUUAAUGAUUACAAGCAUGCUGUUCAGAGAGCGCUUCAAAAGCAUAAUACUGAUAUUCAGAUAGAACUUCAAAAGCACAAUACUCAUCAGAGAGAACUUCGAACGUACAAUCAUGCUCUUAAACAAGCACUUAAAAAGUACAAUACUACUAUUGAUGCUUGUAAUACUCCUCCUACUACUACUGCUGUUGCUUGUAUUAAUUCUGGUGCUUGUACUCGUCAUGCUGACUGUUGUGAUCGUAAUUGUAUUUAUUAUCCUCAUGGUCGUCUUCAUUAUUAUGCUUCUGCAACUGGUGAUAGUGGUGCUGGUGGUAGUGCUCCUGUUCCUUGCUUUGCUCGUCCUCCUUCCUGUGUUGCUGGGCGUACUGAUUGUACUUGCUUGUAG